AUGGAUACAUCUAAAUCGCUGUUACAGACUUUAAAGGGGUACAGCACUAAAAAGUCUGUAAAGUAUGGAUUACCUUUUAUAUUAUUUGUAGUUGGGGGAUCGUUUUGCCUUAGAGAAUGGACACAAAUUCGGUAUCAAGUUUCUAGAGUAAAAGGUGUAAGUAAAGAAGAGGCUGAGAAAAUGGGCCUCAAUAGGGAAAGAGAAGUGACACUAGAAAAUACAUUUGAAGAAAUUCAAAAGCUUGAUAUUGACAAUUGGGAGAACAAAAGGGGUCCAAGACCUUGGGAAGCCGGAGAAACACAGAAAACAAAUUAUGUUACAUUAACGAUCAAUAUGCAAAUUUUUGUGAAGACAUUGACUGGUAAAACUAUUACCUUGGAGGUUGAACCCUCUGAUACAAUUGAGAAUGUAAAGGCUAAAAUUCAAGACAAAGAGGGAAUUCCACCAGACCAACAAAGACUUAUCUUUGCUGGUAAACAGCUAGAGGAUGGCCGCACACUGUCUGACUACAACAUCCAGAAGGAGUCAACUCUACAUUUGGUCUUGAGAUUGAGGGGAGGUAUGCAAAUCUUUGUCAAGACAUUGACGGGGAAGACCAUCACAUUGGAAGUGGAGCCAUCAGACACAAUUGAGAAUGUAAAAGCUAAAAUUCAAGACAAAGAAGGAAUUCCACCAGACCAACAAAGACUUAUCUUUGCUGGCAAACAACUAGAGGAUGGCCGCACACUGUCCGACUACAACAUCCAGAAGGAGUCAACUCUACAUUUGGUUCUGAGAUUGAGGGGAGGUAUGCAAAUCUUUGUCAAGACAUUGACGGGGAAGACCAUCACAUUGGAAGUGGAGCCAUCAGAUACAAUUGAGAAUGUAAAGGCUAAAAUUCAAGACAAAGAGGGAAUUCCACCAGACCAACAAAGACUUAUCUUUGCUGGCAAACAACUAGAGGAUGGCCGCACACUGUCCGACUACAACAUCCAGAAGGAGUCAACUCUACAUUUGGUUCUGAGAUUGAGGGGAGGUAUGCAAAUCUUUGUCAAGACAUUGACGGGGAAGACCAUCACAUUGGAAGUGGAGCCAUCAGAUACAAUUGAGAAUGUAAAGGCUAAAAUUCAAGACAAAGAGGGAAUUCCACCAGACCAACAAAGACUUAUCUUUGCUGGCAAACAACUAGAGGAUGGCCGCACACUGUCCGACUACAACAUCCAGAAGGAGUCAACUCUACAUUUGGUUCUGAGAUUGAGGGGAGGUAUGCAAAUCUUUGUCAAGACAUUGACGGGGAAGACCAUCACAUUGGAAGUGGAGCCAUCAGAUACAAUUGAGAAUGUAAAGGCUAAAAUUCAAGACAAAGAGGGAAUUCCACCAGACCAACAAAGACUUAUCUUUGCUGGCAAACAACUAGAGGAUGGCCGCACACUGUCCGACUACAACAUCCAGAAGGAGUCAACUCUACAUUUGGUUCUGAGAUUGAGGGGAGGUAUGCAAAUCUUUGUUAAGACAUUGACGGGGAAGACCAUCACAUUGGAAGUGGAGCCAUCAGAUACAAUUGAGAAUGUAAAGGCUAAAAUUCAAGACAAAGAGGGAAUUCCACCAGACCAACAAAGACUUAUCUUUGCUGGCAAACAACUAGAGGAUGGCCGCACCCUGUCCGACUACAACAUCAAAGGAGUCAACUCUACAUUUGACAAAGAGGGAAUUCCACCAGACCAACAAAGACUUAUCUUUGCUGGUAAGCAGCUAGAGGAUGGCCGCACACUGUCCGACUACAACAUCCAGAAGGAGUCAACUUUACAUUUAGUUCUGAGAUUGAGGGGAGGUAUGCAAAUCUUUGUCAAGACAUUGACGGGGAAGACCAUCACAUUGGAAGUGGAGCCAUCAGAUACAAUUGAGAAUGUAAAGGCUAAAAUUCAAGACAAAGAGGGAAUUCCACCGGACCAACAAAGACUUAUCUUUGCUGGUAAACAGCUAGAGGAUGGCCGCACACUGUCUGACUACAACAUCCAAAAAGAAUCAACCCUACAUCUAGUUUUAAGGUUGAGAGGUGGCAUUUAA